AAAUAAAAAAUAACUCUUUAGUUGAAACAAAAGCAUGUACUAGAUACAAUUGCAUCAAACCACUUGCAGAUUUUACAGUUGGUAAAGUUACUCAUUCCUGUUGCAAAACUUGUCACAACAAUAUGUCUCAAGCAAAAAAACAAAAAAGACAAGAAAUUGAUGAUUGUAUAAUUGAAAAAGAAAAUAUGUUCGAUUUUGCAGAUAUUACAGAUUAUGUCUAUAAUGUACUUUUAGACAGUAAAGAUUUGGAUAAUGACUUUGAAGGGCAAACAAGAUUUUAA